AUGUAUGUUAGCAAAGAAAAGACGCGACGAAGUACUGCAAUCGAAGUUACUUCAACUUCUGCUAAUGUUGUUACUGAGAGUAUUGCAAAUGAUGUAAAAAGUGUCACAAGUGCUGCCUGUGCAGUACCAUCAUGCAAUACAGACAAGGACACCUGUAUCUGCUGGACGAAAUUGCUAAGCGAUUCUCCUGCUGACAGCACCCGCUUCUGCUCAAACGAACAAAGACGAGUAAAUUGGAGCAAAAGGUAUCAUUGGUACCACGAACAACAACAAACCAUCAAAAAGCUGGAAGUGAUUUGGAAGUGA